GAAUAGACAAUAUCCGGGAGGUCCUGGAAGAAGAGGGAAGCGUAACCUUGAUGUAUUUUAGUGUUGCCUACCAGAACGAGGGCAACCAAUGCUCCCAGAACCUUGAGCCCAAAUUGUCGAAAAAAACCUAAGGGCCAUUAAGUACUUUCCUAUUGUGAGUCUGACCCGGUCAUAGACGAACCAGGCUACGGCCGUCUCCCUCUUGCAUACAAUGUCUUCACCGGUGAUUGUCGACUCUUGAUAAGUUGAUAUGCAACGUUAACUUUCAAAUUGGUCUCGGAUGCCGACCGAAUUCCAACGAUGCCAAUUAGCAAACAUACACAAACGCAAACGACAAGAACUGGUCUUGCAAAGGUGUUUGCUCGCAACCACUCCCUACAUCAAACUAGUCCACCCCUCUCUUUCGUAGUAUACCUAUAUUUUAUCAUCGCUGGUCGAUGUUCAACUUCGAUACGGAGCACUUCAAACUUAACUCCAACUUGGAGAACCCACCGAUUCUGAGGCUGCCUUCCGAAAUUCUUGAUCAUUGCUGGAGUUAUCUCAGACGACGGGAUUUGUUCCAAGUGUCCCGCGUGUCCCGCGUAUUCUGGUACACCUCGAGAUCUAGGAUAUUUCAGUCGCUCAAUGUCACCCUGCCAUCUCCGGCGGUUCCCCCCUUGAACCAGGACCUUGUCCGCCGUUCAACGAACAAAGCUCCUAAGAUGCUCGAGUGUGCUGCUACCCGAAUCACAAGUUUCUAUUCAGAUCCAAGUGCUGGUGAACUCUGGGACAUGGUUCAGGACUGGACGGUUUCGACUGCACCGGCGAUCAGGAACAGCAUGUUCUUCUUUGCGCGCUCGCAGGAGAAGAACCUGGCCUCGAGAUCGGUCGAUGCCAUCUUUCCGUUUCUGACGUGCAGUCGUAAUCUUCGCUCUCUUGAACUUGUCCGCAUGAAUCUUGGAAGGCAACAAUGGAUUAUCAUCGAAUGCCUGCCUGCUCUGGACACCCUCAGACUCAUCUCAUGCCUCUUCCCGCCUUCAUCUCAUUUGGAGCGCCCGCUGAAGCUAAAGGAACUUGCAAUCGCUGGAGACAACUUCGGUCCUCGUUCAAUCGAAGAACGCUUGGUUUCUGUGCUCUGUAACCCAACCUAUCUACAAAAACUUACUCUUAUCGACUUCCUUAUCACCCAUACUGUACUAGCGGUUCUUUCGUCCAUGGCGCCCUUUCCCCACCUCACAUAUCUAAGCAUAUUUGUUACAUCCCCGAGCCGCGACCAUUUCUUCAGAUUCCUUGCAGCAAUACCUGCCCUAGCAACAUUGAGGAUUUUCCCCUGGUCUGCAAACAUUACGCCCCCGCACCCGUUGCCACCCCUGUCUUCCCUUCGGUCUUACGACGGCUAUCCAAACCUGCUUUCAUACAUCGUGCCUGGGCGACCGGUCGAUUGUGUUUGCCUCGUGCUCAUGAUGGUCACUACGGAUGACGAUCAACCAGAUUAUGCUAUCCAUACCGAGCUGGUCUCGACCGUGCGCGACAUCUCACGUUCCACAGUUCCAGUCAGGAAACUAGCAAUCGAGUACUUUCUGCCCACUUUAGAUAACCUCGCCGCCAUCGCGAAGCAUCUUCCGGAUCUUCAUCGCCUGGACUUAGGUCUUAUCUCAGGGCCCCCACCGCUCACACCCGAAGAAAUUAUUACCCUUUCCGAGUCAAGUUCUGAGUUCGGCCUCGACUAUACUGGUGAACCACUUGAUACUGUGGACACCAUGCAGGGUCUUCUGAGUUGGCUGGGGGACGGUCGUGCCCCACUUCCGCCCAAGCUGGUGACACUUCGGCUAUCACAUAGUUUGAUGGGAAACGAGGACAUACAGUGUGCGGAAGGUGUCAAGCAACGGAAACUUAUUCGUUGCUUGCAUGGUAGGUAUCCAACACUGCGCGAGGUCGAGAUGGGAGGAUGCCGUUGGUGGAGAGAGGGUGUGUAUUGGUCGCGAGAGAUUCUUGAAUUUGAAGAAACAUAGAUCGUGCCUCACGGUAUAGGGUCACAUGUGUUUCGGGGUUCACACCAGUGGGAUACAAAUAACGCUAUAAACAUACAUCUAUUACCACUCCCGACAAAUUAUCCUGGAGAAUGAGUAGACUUGGAACUACCUCCAUUGCAAUAAGCACGUAAAUAUGAGAAUUUCCACCAUGUCCACCACUG